AUGGACCUCCGCUCCUCGACGACGCUAUUGGGCCUCGCCACGCUGUCCACAAUCCUGCUCUCCAUACCCGCAGGCGCUGCCGACUGGACCUACUCGUACUGCUCCUCGCUCAACACAGGCGACCAAAGCACCAGCUAUACCUGGCCAUACCAAUCCAAUGGCAACUGCACCAACCACUGCAAGCAGGAUGGAGGCCCAUGGGCGUUUGCCGUUAUCCAGUACACCAACUGCUGGUGCUCCAACUACGUGCCCGGCACCACAGCAGACUCGAGCGGCUGCCUAGUAGACUGCCCUGGCUUCCCCGACGAAAAGUGCGGCAACAAGGACAAGGGCCUCUACAUCUACGUCCAAAUGGAUGGCCAGCCCUCCGGCACCCAAGGAGGCUCAUCAUCCACUGCAGCGCCUGCUUCGUCUUCUCAAAACUCACCACCAUCAUCAUCGCCGCCGCCACCACCACCGUCAUCACCAUCACCAAAACCUACUUCUGCUCCGCCUCCGCCACAAGUGGUAACGAGCAUCUUGACACAGAACCCAGAAACCAUCGAGAAGACUGUUACCGUUCAGCCAGCCCCUUCUUCAUCUCCCCCUUCUACCUCCACUGUAUUUCGCUUCGAGCCUAGUGUAUCGCACCUGCUAACAGGUGUCCAGACCAAGAAGCCCUCGACGAAUGAUUCUCCUGCUGCCACCGAGCAGCCCGUCACGGUGCCCACGCUCGUUACCGAGAGCGGCAUGGUCAUUACCCGCACGGUUGUCAUCACACCGAUCCCUGCUGCCUCUACAGGCCAAGACUCCAACAAGUCGUCAACCGACGUUGGCGCUAUUGCCGGCGGCGUCGCUGGCGGCGUCGUGGGCCUACUAGCGAUUGUUGGUGUCAUUCUGUUUCUUCUGAUGAGAAGGAGGAGGCAGCGAGAGCAAAACGGACAGGAAGGUGGCGCAGGCAUCACACGGAACGUGAGCACCAUGAGCAGGGCUGGUCUGCUUGGCGGACAGGCUGAGAAGACGACGCCCCUCACCACCACGUUUGGCUCACAGCGCAGCCGACACGACGAUGAUUCGAUCACACCCGUCACUCCAUCAACCCGCCGACUAAGCCAGCCGAUCCUAGUCGACUCUCGGCUCAACCCAGCCGCCGUUCUCACCUUCCACGGUAACCAGAGUCGGGAAAGCCUAGGCAGUAUCGACGACAGUCGGGAUUACGGUCGCCAACUGAACGUACGGAAUCCUGACCCGUAG